AUGCCAAGGCGUAUUUCCAUCACCAGGUCCGGCCAUGGUUUUGAGCCUAGAGGGAGGGGUCUGUCUUUUGGUGAUCUGCACGUCCGCUACAACCACCACGGCCUAGACAAGACAAGACAAAACAAGACCGGGCCCUACGCCCCCAAUGUAAAACUGGCUUCGAAGCGUGUGUACGAGCAAUUGGGCGGUCCGGAACUCUACAUGAAGAUGACUUGUACUUAUGGGAACCGGCGGAAAGAUCAUAUCUUUUUCUGCAUGUACAUCUUGUAUCUAGUUGUCAGGGCUUUGUGGGUGCAUCAGUGUUGGUCCCACGAGCCUUUUGGAGGUAUCCUCGGCCCCAGACCAGGAAGGUUAGCUGUCAAGUUAGUCCCCUCCCUCGCCCAGACUUCACGCCCAGCAUCAUUUCCAGCCCCAAACACCACGGGAAAAGUGGUGCAGCAGUUCUCUGCGCCACUUUAG